AUGUCAUUGAUGAUUUAUGGACUGGUUCAUGGACUAGAAAUGAUAUUUGGUUUUAAUGGGGAUUUUUUCGCAAAUUGGAUAGUAAAGAAAGUUUUGAUUAAAAUAAAUUCAAAUAAUGAAGCAAAUAAGGCUUCAAUGAAAUCAAAAUCAAAUAAUAAUUAUUCACCAUCAUCAUUUAAUUAUAAUAAUGAUAAAAAAUCAAAUUAUUUAUCAACUACAAAAAUUGAAAAGAUGUCAUCAAAGAUUGAAUAUAAUGAAAGCAGAUUGAAAUUUUCUAACAAUCAAUAUGAACAAAUUCGACAAAAUAGUUAUAAUAAUUAUAGUAGCAAAUAUUUUAAUCCAUAUGAAGGUUAUUAUAAUCAACAAUGUGAUACUGAAAUAACAAAUUAUUCCUUAAAUGAAGAUCUCGAAAACGACGAAAGUCAUGAAUACGAAGAUGAUGAAAACAUUAAAGAUUUAAUCAUUGAUGAAAAAAUUGAAUCUGAAAAUAGAGAAUAUUACAUAAAUAAAAUCAAAGAUCUAAUUGAAGAAAGCGAUCUAAAUGUUAAUUAUUCUAUGGAAAAAAUUAAUUCAGGUGAAUUCAGUGAAGUGUUUAAGGCAACUCAUAAAAUAACAAAUAAAGUGAUUGUUAUUAAAUCGAUUUCAAUAAGGGAUUCGAAAUUUCUAAAUAUUUUAUAUAAUGAAGUAUUAAUUAGUAAAGUAGCAAGGCAUUCAAACAUAAUAAUAAAUUACACCCAAUAUAUUAAAAAAGAUCAUAUUUAUUUGUUGAUGGAACAUUGUGAAUUUGGCUCUUUAUACAAUAUUAGAAAUAAGAAACCAAAUAAAAAAAUGAACGAAAAAGAAGUUUCUUUUAUAGUGAAAGAAGUUUUAAAAGGUUUAAAUCAUUUGCACUCUAUUGGAUUCAUACAUAGAGAUAUUAAGGCACAAAACAUUUUAGUCAACUCUGAAGGAAAAAUAAAAAUAGCUGAUUUUGGAUCGUCGUCAAUAAAUUCAUAUGCAAAAUUAAAAUUGGGUACAAUUUAUUGGAUGGCACCAGAAUUAUUGCAAAACAAAAUUUAUAGUAAUAAGAUUGAUAUAUGGUCACUUGGCAUAACUGCAGUAGAAUUAUUUGAUGGUAAACCUCCUUGGUAUCCUAUGAAUAAAAAUAGAGUUAUAGAAUUAAUAAAAUCUGUUGGUUUACCUCCUUUACCCUCAAAUAUUUCUCCGGGAUUUGAAUCAUAUUUAAAACAUUCAUUCACAAGUAAUCCAGUAAAUGCUAAUGAUAAUGGUAGCAGUAGUAAUUUCCUAAAAUUUCCUUAUUAUGCAUAUUUACCAUUUCCAAAUUUUUUUCCUCAAUUAUCAAGAACGUUAUCCGCUGGCUACGAUGUUAAUGGAUCUGAUGAUUUAAAGAUUUUUAAGGCUAGAAAAAAUAAAAGGAUUAUUAAAUACCCCAUAAAUAAACGUCAAUGCAAUCAAACACAUUUAGAAAAUUUAAACUAUGAUGAAUUGAUGAGUAGACUUGAAACCUUGGAAUUUAUGGCUCAAAACAUUAACAAAUAA